AUGGAAACUUAUGAAGCAAUGGACACUUGUUCACGUGCAGAAAUUCUCUGCACUCAGCCAACAAUUGCCAUAUUGAAACUAAAGCAUUUAAACAUUGAUAAUAUUGAAUUAUUUGAAUGGCUUCAAUCUCCACCUGCGUCUAGUUUACAUGAAGCUCAUCAACUUCUGAUUUGGUUGAAUGCACUUGAUUCACAAGGUAAAUUGACGAAGCUUGGCCGAAUUAUGGCUCGUCUUGAUAUUGAUCCAAAAUUAACAGCUAUGUUAUAUAAAGGACAAGAGCUCAACUGUCUAUCGUACGCAUUAAUUCUAGCAGGUGUGCUAACUGUAUCGCAGAAUAUCUGGUGGAGUAGUAAAGAUCAGGAGUCCAAGGACAUGGCUUCACGAGCACGUGCUGAAUUCAGUCAUGAAAGUGGUGAUCAUAUUACGUUAAUUAAUGUAUAUUUAAAAUGGAGUGCAUUUUGUGCCAAUAAUAAAAAUAAAAAACAACAAUAUGAAUGGUGUAGAAGUAACUCAAUUAAUGGAAAAUCGUUACAAGUGGUUCAGGAUUUUAUUAGAGAAAAAGCCAAACAAAUGGAAUAUGAAACAGAACUUCGUGAUAGUGAAACAUUAAAUGACGAUUUAAUUGAUCGUCUCUUACAAUGUAUAACAGCUGGUCAUUUUAUGAAUUUAGCUGUAUCAAAUGGUCCAUUGAGAGCUGGCUAUCAAGUUAUUUCUGCUUUCUCCCAAAUGGCUAGUGAACCAGUGACAGCACGUGUAUUUCGUACAUCAACUUUAUGUUUAAAUGAUCAAAUGCCUAGAUUUGUUUUUUUUAAUGAAGUACUAAGUCUCAAUGGAACUAAUUAUAUCACAAUUUUAUCUUCAAUUGAUCUUAGUUGGCUAAAAUCUGUUUCACGACAAUGGUUUGCAGCUGUGAACGGAGAUAAUUUGCAUGCAAUUUCUUAUGAAAGCUUUACAUUCGAAAAUGUAGGAGCAACCCUACUACGAGCUGUUGUUGGUAAACGUAAUUGUAAUUUGAAUAAGCUUGAAGAUACGACUCAGGCUAUUAUUGAUAUCGAUUAUAAAAAAUCAAGAUUAACAAUAUGCUCACGCAAAGCUAAUGUAGAAAAAGCAAAGAAAAUCGUUCAAGAAAUGAUUCAAAAAGAAAAAGAAAAACUACUGGUAGAAUCAGAAGAAAUACAGAUUGUCGGAAGAACUCGAGUUUUGAUGGGUGCUGGAGGUGUCAGUCAAAUGAUUCUGCUUGAAGGUGAUUAUAUUAGAAUCAUAAUGACAAAGUUGCCGACAACAAUAACGGAAGAGAGAAUUCGAGAUUUAUGUGAACCAUUUGGACAGAUUCGUAAAAUCGAUUUUAUUCGACAAAAUGAAAACAGCUCUUGUGUGGCAGUGACGUAUACAACAGUUGAACAAGCACGUGUCGCUUUCUGUGAAUUGAAUGGCUAUAUUGAGCAGGGUCGAGAAAUUGCUGUCAGUGAUUCGUGUUUGAAAACUGAUGCAAUCAUAGGCAAACAAAAUUGUCGUCUGAAAGCUAUAUGGUAUCUGACACAGUCAACUGGAAAUGGAAGGAUUACUUUUAGAAAAGAAAAAAGCGCACUCGAUGCAUACGAAUUAUUUAAAAGAUUGUCUUAUCAAUGUCGUUAUGAACGUUUAACUGAUGUACCUACACUGAAAGUUGUUUAUUAUCUUAGUGAACAUAGUGGAAAAGCUUUUAUUAAUUUUGAAUCACUCCAGCAAGCACAAGAUGCUGUUGAACGGGUAAAUAAUCCACAGAUGAUAACACUUACACAAAAUAAACAGAAUCGUGUAGGGUCAGUUCUAUUACAAGGUUUUCGAAAAGAUUUUGACGAAGAAGAUGUACGCAGUCAAUUUCAAGGUUUUAGUGGUCUCGUUGACGUACAAAUUUUACGUGGAAGAAAAGGUCAAAUAUUUAGAAAGCCGAACUCUGCUGAAGAUGAUAUCAAAUCAAUAUUUAAUCGCUAUGAAUCAUUUCAACGUGAUACAAUAACAUUUAAUCCAAAGAUAUUUAAUGGUAAAAUCGAAGCUUUCGUUGAAUUUUUGAAUAUUACUGAAUUAAAACAAGCAAUGGAAGAAAUAAAUGGAAGAACAGGAGUUAUUGGUUGUGGUAAAGUAAGAUUAUCGGAACGAAUUCAAAAGAGGAAAGAUGAAGUAAAGAAGAAGAAAGAAGAUGAAUAUGCUAUUCAAUUUCAACGUCUUAAUAUAUCAUUAGAUAAAUAUGACCUUAUUAAAAUUCUAAAAGAAAAUCAAUUGUAUGAUGACGUAAAAAAUGUUAUAAUUUUUCGUCAAAAAUUAGAAAAUAGGAAUUCUACAACUACCAGGACUACUGUUGCUUUGGAAGAAGACGACAUCGGUUUAGUUGGUCUUCGUUCUAUGUUUCUUAGUUCAAAAAAUUUAUUUCGUUCAAUACCUGAUUGUCAGAUACCAUCAUGCACACCAGAUGGAACCGUCACAGCACUCAUUCUUUUCAAUGAUCCUACUGAUAUUACAACAGCUAUACAAACCUAUGACAAUCAAGUAAUUAAACUGUUCAAAGGUUCAAGUAAGCUACGUCUCAUUCCGUCGAUGGCGCAUGAAAUAUUUGUUAAUGCAGCUUUGACAAAAGCUAUUCCUGAUAAAAUUCAACAGGUGGUUCAAUAUGUUCGUGAGAAGUGUAAGAGAGUUUAUAUUAAAGCUGUGUCCUCAGAAAAGACAGAAAAAGCAACUACAAUGAAGAUAUUUAUCGAUGGUGAUGAUAUACAACAGAUUACAAUUGCUAAAAUUACAUUUGAUAAAUUGAUGAAGGGAAUGGAAUAUAGGUUCGAAGAUGAUUCGGAAAAAACAAGAUUAAUCUUUGAUCGUGCUGGUACGAAAGUAUUGCAACAAAUUCAAAACGAAACUGGUACUUACAUUUGGUGGAAUUAUUCAAGUUCUUUUGUACGUAUCUAUGGCAGUGAUCAAGCGUCAGCAAUAGCUAGAAAACGUAUAGAUGAACAUAUCCGAGAUAUGUUAAAUAAUAAAAAUUGUACACUUGCCUUAGACAUUCCGCCUGAUUAUAUACGCCAAGUGUUAAAAAUGAGUGCAACUUAUCAGGAAACUAUUGGAAAAGAACUUAACGUUGAAAUUAAUAUAUUAGUGGCUAAACGUCAAAUACGAAUUGUUGGUAAAGAACAGGACGUCGUAAAGUGUGAAGAAAAAAUUAAGAAGAGCUGGUCAGCUAUACUUGUAGAACAGCAAUCAUCGUCUAAAUCACUCCCAGUGGCGACUGCCGUUGAAUGUCCGAUUUGUUGUGAGAUGGCUAACUAUUUUUUACAAGCUUGUGGACAUGCCUAUUGCUUAAAUUGCCUUAAAACACAAUUAUCAACAAAAUUUGAUACAACAUUAAGUAAUGAGAGUCUUAAGAUUAAAUGUAUGAUACCAACAUGUGAUUCAGCAUUUUUGUUACGUGAUAUUAAAACAAUAAUUGAUCCAAGCAAUAUGCCUAAAUUAGCGCGUGCAUCAUUUGAGGCUUACCUGAAAACAGACAAAGACAUAGGACAAUGCAUGGGUACUGAUUGUAAACAAGUAAGAUAACAAUCUUCUUGUGAGCAGGAUUGUUGAUACUUUUUGUGUACUCAAAAAGUGAGUACACUCUAGAAUCGGUCAGUAUGUCCGUCCGUCCGGCCGUUUACACGAUAACUUUCGAAAGAAGAGUCCAAUCACGAUGAAAUUUUCUAUACAGUUCAGUCUUUACAAUAUCUCGGUCGAGUUCGAAGAUGAGAAGGAUCUUCCGAGCCGUUCCUGAGUUAUUGCAAAAAUACCCAUUUUUCCCUAUAGCUUCCUAUGGAAAAAUCGACCCAUCGCUGCUUUCGUAAAAGACUUUUCCUAUCAUAGUCAAUUAAAACCCCAACUAUUAUAUACCAUUCAAUAGAGAAUUUCAAGAACUACAGAAUAAUAUAUAAAACAU